UUUCGUGGCUUGGUCUUUUCCUGCAGUCACUACCCGGUCACAUUUGGUGCCCAGCAGAGGAAACAGUGACAGACCUGGAGGCUGCAGUUCUCUGUCCUUCACACAGCUCUUUCACUAUGCCUGGGUCACUUCCUUUGAAUGCAGAAGCUUGUUGGCCAAAAGAUGUGGGAAUUGUUGCCCUUGAGAUCUAUUUUCCUUCUCAAUAUGUUGAUCAAGCAGAAUUGGAAAAAUAUGAUGGUGUAGAUGCUGGAAAGUAUACCAUUGGCUUGGGCCAGGCCAGGAUGGGCUUCUGCACAGAUCGAGAAGAUAUCAACUCUCUUUGCCUAACUGUGGUUUAGAAUCUAAUGGAGAGAAAUAACCUUUCUUAUGAUUGCAUUGGACGGUUAGAAGUUGGAACAGAGACAAUCAUUGACAAAUCAAAGUCAGUGAAGACUAAUUUGAUGCAGCUAUUUGAGGAGUCUGGGAAUACAGAUAUAGAAGGAAUAGAUACAACUAAUAUGUGCUAUGGAGGCACAGCUGCUGUCUUCAAUGCUGUUAACUGGAUUGAGUCCAGCUCUUGGGAUGGACGGUAUGCCCUGGUAGUUGCAGGAGAUAUUACAAUAUAUGCCACAGGAAAUGCCAGACCUACAGGUGGAGUUGGAGCUGUAGCUUUGCUGAUUGGGCCCAAUGCUCCUUUAGUUUUUGAACGAGGGCUUCGUGGAACACAUAUGCAACAUGCCUAUGAUUUUUACAAGCCCGAUAUGGUCUCUGAAUAUCCUAUAGUCGAUGGAAAACUCUCCAUACAAUGCUACAUCCGUGCCCAGUGGCAGAAAGAGAGAAAUGAUAAAGAUUUUACCUUAAAUGAUUUUGGCUUCAUGAUCUUUCACUCACCAUAUUGUAAACUGGUUCAGAAAUCUCUAGCUCGGAUGAUGCUGAAUGACUUCCUUAAUGACCAGAACAGAGAUAAAAAUACUAUCUACAGUGGCCUGGAAGCUUUCGGGGAUGUUAAAUUAGAAGAUACUUACUUUGACAAAAAGGCAUUUAUGAAGGCUAGUUCUGAACUCUUUAAUCAGAAAACAAAGGCAUCUUUGCUUGUAUCAAAUCAAAAUGGAAAUAUGUAUACAUCCUCAGUAUAUGGUUCCCUUGCUUCUGUUCUAGCCCAGUACUCUCCUCAGCAAUUGGCAGGGAAGAGGAUAGGAGUGUUUUCUUAUGGUUCUGGUUUGGCUGCCACCCUGAACUCUCUUAAAGUUACACAAGAUGCCACACCAGGGUCUGCUCUUGAUAAAAUAACAGCAAGUUUAUGUGAUCUUAAAUCAAGGCUUGACUCAAGAACUUGUGUAGCACCAGAUGUCUUUGCUGAAAGCAAGAAGCUCAGAGAGGACACUCAUCACUUGGCCAAUUAUAUACCCCAGUGUUCAAUAGAUUCACUCUUUGAAGGAACAUGGUACCUAGUUAGAGUGGAUGAAAAGCAUAGAAGAACGUACGCUCGUCGCCCCUCUCCAAAUGAUGACACUUUGGGUGAAGGAGUAGGACUUGUGCAUUCAAAUACAGCAACUGAGCAUAUUCCAAGCCCUGCUAAGAAAGUGCCAAGGCUCCCUGCAUCAGCAGCAGAACCCGAAGUAGCUGUCAUUAGUAAUGGGGAACAUGAAGAUACUCUGUGA